AUGUUACAAUAGAGAUGAGGAGACAGCAGCAACCGUAAUAGGAUUCAUACCAAUAUUUGGAUGGGUCUACAAUGCCGGAAGGAGUAUAGCAUACGCUGCGAAAAAUUGUCCUAAGGUUGCGCUAGGUGCUUUAAGAGACUUUACCAUUGAUGCAGCACUCGACAUUGUAACAUGGGGAGCAUCAACCGUUAUCAGAACUGGUCUAUCGGUCUUUAAGCACAGCGUUUUUCUAUGGGGAAGAAAAGCUGCAUUUACAUUGGGAGUUAAAGCAGGUUUUCGAGCUCUCAAAAGGGAGAUAAGCCAUAAUUUUAUCCGACAUGGCGUUACCAGUUUUAUGAAAGUUGGAUUGAAAAAAAAUCUAAAAAUUGGAUUAAGCAGAAUAAAGCUAGUUUUCUCUGAAAUAGGAAAACUGGGGGCACAGGGACUUUUCGUCAAAGCAGGCAAAGUACUGACCAAAAAAGGCAAAGCAAUGAUCAAAGCAAUACCAGAGGAAAGAACUAUGGUCCGUGUGAGUAAAUAUUAUUUUACACAGUACAUCCCAAACUUGAUCAAAUUACAGCCUACAGCUAAUGUGAUAUUUGAUAAAAUAACAAAGCAUUGGAACUCCUCCAACAUUCUCCGGAAUUUGGAAGACGGGAUACGAAGAAGAAAAGGUGGUCAUUGGAAUUCGUCCAAAAUUCUCCGGAAAUCGGGUGACGGGGUACGAAGAAGAAUAGGCGGCCAUUGGGACUUCUCCAACAUUCUCCGGAAUUUGGAAGACGGGGUACGAAGAAGAAUAGGUGGCCAUUGGAACGCCUCCAACAUUCUCUGGAAAUUGAGAGACGGGAUACGAAGAAGACAAGGCGGCCGACAAAUCACCACACAAUAGCUCUUCCUCUUACACAUUUGUGGAUAGGACCAGUUUUGAUAACGUAGAAUAACACGUCGGUGAAUUGCCAAGACAUUUUCAUCUUUUCAGCUACAGUGGUGACCCACUCGAUUACAUAACCGUUUUGGUAACAAAAUGUUGUCUUGUGAACUAUCUGUUCGCAAACAUGUAUAUUUUCUUUAACAUAUGAUACUGACACAAGUUUGUG